ACACAGCCGCCGAUACAGGAAGUGUUGAAACUUUUUCGCCUGUGCUAUCAAACUACAUCCUCACACAAGGUGCACAACUUCGUCUGUGAUUUGUUUUUGGAAGGGCUUUUAAAGAUGGUUGUAAAGUGGUUAGUUUGAUUAAGACGGACUGUACUUGCAACUGAGAGAAAAAAAAAAAAAAGACGUGAGGUAAGAGGACUCCGAUUGCUGCAACAUUUUACACAGCGAGCCUGCUUGUGCCCGGGCGUGAACGACAGCAAGAUGUGGGAGCAAGAAGAAUUUGCUAAACAUUGGCGGAACGAAUUCCCUGACGGCGAAGUCCCACAAAUGAAUUUAAAUACGAUUGAUGACAUCGAGUCGCAGCUGGAGGCUUCGAAAGCCAACUUGAAGCGGCUCCAGAAGGCUCUGUCCGAGGAGAAAUUCAAGGUGAUCUACCUGCAGACCACCAUGGCGCGACAGAAGAACGACGCGGAAAGUUGUCACGGCAAAGACGUCAACUUUAACGCCGAUGCCUUCGUCACACCGAAGAACUUGAAGAUAUCUCAAACACGGAGCGAAGGAUGCGACGGGAAAAGAUCCAAAGUAUCUGAUGUGGGGAGUGGGACAUUCCAGUCGGGUAACGCGACUAGUAAUUCGUUCAGCCGGGAGCGGAGCAAAUUCAGCGGCAAGACAGGCAAGCCCGUCCCCAUCCCCGUCCCCCCUCGUAAACCGAGUCAUCUGAGACUGAACCCUCCCGGCGUCUCUCAAACGAAGAAUAAUGAUGACAACAGUGACAAGGAAUAUGAGGAUUUGGAGAUGAAUGCCAAUUUUGUCAGGAAUAACCUGUUAGUACCAAAGUCAGGGAGUAGAGACAAGCAGAAGCCUAGCAGCAUCCGUCACCCGGACACUCUGCGGCCUUUCCGCCUGAGUCGAGACUUUGACUCCGGGGAUGACAGUCGGAUGUCGCCGCCUUUCCUGCACAUUGGACGUGGUUCAGGCUGCAGCACGCCAGACCGGAGGAGUGAUGGCUACCUCAGUUCAGAGCAUGACGACGACUCUUCUGCAGCUGGAGAACCUGGAAAACCCGAUGCAAGCGUGGGAAGAACAGCAAAGGCCACACAAAGCCGGAGCGAUUUUAACUACAACACAGAUGGCUACGAAGGGGAUGGCGCGGAAGAUGGCAAGUCCCAAGAUGGCUCGGAGACACUGCCCUAUAUAGACGAAUCCCCCACCAUGUCUCCCCAGCUGUGCACACCUCAAGGACCAGACGGAGUAAUGGUCUCCCCCACACCACUGGAGGGUCUUCUUCCUGGGGGAGACAUUGAGAAAGGACUAGAGAUGAAGAAACUGGUGCUGUCUGGUUUCUUGGCCAGUGAGGAGAUCUACAUUAACCAACUGGAGGCCUUGCUAUUGCCAAUGCGUCCCCUGAAAGCCACAGCCACCACCUCGCAGCCCGUCCUUACCAUCCAGCAGGUGGAGACCAUCUUCUACAAAAUCCAGGACAUCUUUGAAAUCCACAAGGAGUUCUACGACGCGCUCUUGCCCAACAUCCGACAGUGGGAUGAGAAGGUCACUGUAGGCCAUCUGUUCCAGAAACUGGCCAGCCAACUGGGAGUGUACAAAGCCUUUGUGGACAAUUAUAAGGUGGCAUUGGAGACAGCAGAGAAAUGUAGCCAGGCCAACAGUCAGUUCCAAAAAAUAUCUGAGAAUCUGAAAGUAAAAGGUCCUAAAGACUCAAAAGAUUGUACUUCAACAGUCACAAUGGAAGCUCUUCUUUAUAAACCCAUUGACCGUGUGACAAGGAGCACCUUAGUUCUUCAUGACCUGCUGAAACACACCCCAAAGGACCAUCCAGAUUUCCCUCUUCUGCAGGACGCUUUGCGGAUAUCUCAGAAUUUCCUCUCCUCCAUCAACGAGGAGCUUGACCCCCGCAGGACCGCUGUCACCACACCCAAAGGAGAGGCUCGUCAGCUGGUGAAGGAUGGCUUCCUUGUGGAGAUGUCAGAAAGCUCCAGGAAGCUACGACAUGUCUUUCUCUUCACUGACCUGCUGCUUUGUGCCAAAAUGAAGAAGACCUCUGUUGGUCGUCACCAGCAAUAUGAGUGCAAGUGGUACAUCCCACUUGCAGACUUGACUUUCCAGACACUGGAUGAGUCUGACUCUUGCCAUAGUAUCCAAGUUCUCCCUGAGGAUGAGAUAGAAGAAAUGAAGAUGAAGAUCUCACUUUUGAAGAAUGAGAUACAAAAAGAGAAGAAAGCACCAAAGGGUCAGAACCGCGUGGAGCGUCUAAGGAAGAAGAUGAACGAACAGGAAUCUUGGCUGCUGCUUCACUCCCCCACAAUCCCGUUCCGCCUCCACAACAACCAUGGCAAGAGCUACCUGUUCCUGCUCUCCUCAGACUAUGAGAGGUCAGAAUGGCGGGAAAGCAUUCAGAAGCUCCAGAAAAAAGACCUUCAGGCGUGUGUAUUAAGUUCGGUAGAGUUGCAGGUCCUGACCAUCUCCUGUUUCAAACUCCGAACCGUCCACAACAUUCCCGUCACCAGUAAUAAAGACGAUGAAGAAACUCCAGGCCUGUACGGCUUUCUUCAUGUGAUUGUUCACUCUGCCAAAGGAUUCAAGGAGUCAGCCAAUCUGUACUGCACCCUCGAAGUGGACUCUUUUGGAUACUUUGUGAGCAAAGCUAAGACCAGAGUCUUCCUAGACACCGCUGAACCUCAAUGGAAUGAAGAGUUUGAGAUCGAGUUGGAGGGAUCCCAGUUCUUACGAAUCCUGUGCUAUGAGAAGUGUUACGAUAAAAGCAUGCUCAACAAGGAAGACAACGAGAUAGUGGACAAGAUCAUGGGCAAAGGGCAAGUUCAGCUGGAUCCUCAAACGGUGCAGUCCAAGAACUGGCACAUGGACGUCAUCGAGAUGAACGGGAUAAAGGUGGAAUUCUCGAUGAAGUUUACAAGCAGGGACUUGAGUUUGAAGCGGACGCCAUCCAAAAAACAGAGCGGUGUGUUUGGAGUCAAAAUCAAUGUGGUAACAAAGCGCGAGCGCUCCAAAGUGCCUUACAUUGUCCGCCAGUGCAUUGAGGAAGUGGAGAAGAGGGGAAUCGACGAGGUGGGAAUCUACAGGAUCUCAGGGGUGGCCACUGAUAUCCAGAACCUCAAAUCAGCAUUUGAUACCAAUACCAAAGACAUCUUGGUGAUGCUGAGCGACAUGGACAUCAACGCCAUCGCCGGAACCCUCAAGCUGUACUUCAGGGAGCUGCCGGAACCUUUGCUAACCGACCGCCUGUACCCGGCCUUCAUGGAGGGAAUAUCGCUCUCCGACCCUGCGGCAAAGGAGAACUGCAUGAUGCACCUCCUACGCUCGUUGCCCGACCCCAACCUCAUGACCUUCCUCACUCUGCUGGAGCACCUCAAACGGGUGGCAGAGAAGGAACCCAUCAACAAGAUGUCCCUCCAUAACCUGGCUACAGUAUUUGGCCCCACUCUGCUCAGACCUUCCGAGUCGGAGAGCAGCAAGGGACAGAGUAUUACCUCGGCCUCCGACAUCUGGUCACAUGACGUCAUGGCACAGGUGCAAGUGCUGCUCUACUACCUGCAGCAUCCUCCCAUCUCCUUUGCUGAGCUCAAGCGAAACACGCUCUACUUCUCCACCGACGUUUAAGCCCAUCUCACCCGCGUCGGGGUGACAAACGAAGAGUGAGAGACUCCUGACGACUUCCGGUCCUCUUACCUCGCCUCUCCUGCAAGCGGGCAUCUCCUCUUGACUGUACAGCACUCCCCCCCCCUCCAAUCUUAUUCCGAGUCCCCCCCCGCCCUGCAUAGGAAGGUGGUGACUUUUUUUUGUGGUUUUUAUAUUAAGUUACAUUUGAAAUAAGAGGAGAGUCCAACGCAUUCGGAUGAGAAAGCGUUCGGAUGCCGCCCUGGUUCAGUUUUUGCGGGAGAGGAGGGAUUUUGGAGGCCACAGCCUGGCGCCGUGGCACCGGAUCAAGCCCGGGGACGCGGCGUCGAGCCUUGUCCCCUGUUUAGAGGCAUUCCACAACUGCAUUUAUGUUUUAUAAUAUUUCUGUUGUUUCCUUUUUCUCUUUCUGGCUUUGCGCACGUGGAGGAGAAGUUGUGUUUCUGUGUAUGUGUGUGUGUGGGGGGGGGGGGGGGGGGGGGGAUGAAAGGAAUGAAUGGCUGGCAAAGAGUGUCUAUUUCUUAAGAAGACAUUCUCUCCCCACUGAUUCUCGGCCAGACUAGCCCUAUUUAUUUUAAAUAUCUAUAUAUAUAUAUGUGCCUGUACAGUUGUGUGCAACUAGAGAGAUGCUCUAAGGAGUUUUGUUUUUUGAAGUCUAUCCAGGUUGUGAUGUUAUUUUGUAGUCACAUUUAUGGUAAGUUGUACGGAAACGUCCACCACAGAAUUUGUUACCCGCCACUUUGUCGAUUAAAAAAAGGUUAGUUGGGACUCAAUAGGGAGGUAAAACACAAAACGUGAUUUUUUUUCUUUUCUUUCUUCGUGUUGCAUUGCAAGCCUGUUUGAAGCAUCUCACUGCACCGAUUGUGUAGUUGCCCUCAUUGCAUGUUCAGAUGGUGAUUGAAAUGAGGCAAAGUAACGCAAAGAGACCCCUUUUCUGCUUUGUACAAAGCCAAUCUUUCAUGCUGUCAGGUCUGCAACAUAUUGAAGAAAUACUGCAAAAAAAACAACUGAGUAAUACGAUUUGGUAUUUUUCAUAAAAGAAUAAAAAUAAAAGUUAAAAAAUUGUAUUUUACUUUCUUUGAGAAGAAUUUAAGUAUGUUGUACUGAAAUUUUGAGGCUAAAUGUGAAUGUUGUCCCCUCUUUUUUUAUAGUGAAAUAAAAGACAAACCAAAUCA